AUGUACCCUACCUCGGAUGAGACGCCACCAGCCAGCAAGGUUUCUACCAGUAAUGCUACGCUGACAAGCCAUGAGAAGCUGAAGCUCUGGAGGAAGAAAUUCGCUGAUGCAGGCGCCAUGUCAAUCUUUUGUCUCCCUGCGAUUGUCGACGUUACCAUGCUCACGUUCAUUGGCCGUGGCUUCUUCAUGACAGCAUUUAUGGAUCCCGACCAUCUCGAGGUCGCUGGGUAUGCUCUCUUAGUGUCGAUGCUGCUCACAGCUGGUGUCACGGGUUGGGUCGGUAGCGUGGGGCAUUAUUACAUGGCACAUUAUGCAUACGAUAAUAUGAUUUACUUUCAUAUUCAGAGACUAUCGGGUGGUUUCGUGUUGACACUUGUUAUCGCACUCUGCGGUCUUGUUUCGUUCUCUCUGCAAAGGUCCGUCAGCGCAGGUUUUGUCUUUGUCGCUUAUCUCAUUUGUAUCUCUACAUACUUUAACAUCCUGGGAGUCAUGAGCACAAUGCAUCUGCUCGAAGCACCCUUGACAUCUAGGCGAAAAGUAAUUCUGCAGACUCUUCCUGUCCUUCUGCUCUCUCCACUCAUAUCAACUUUUGUCAACGGCCAUGACUUGGAGAUAUAUCUUCCUACCAUAUACGCCUUCUUGUUGGUCAUCUUGUGGCAUUACAGACGAUUAUGUCAAGAGUGGUCGGACUGGAUGGAGAAAAUCCCCAAGUUUACCAGCAAAGACAUCUCGGAAUGGUACUCAAUGACGGUGGUUAACGAGAACCAAGAAGCAAAGGUAUCGGGUUUCAUGUCUAGCCCUUUGAUUCGUCGCGUGUCUGAGGGAAUGCCUUUUAUUGAGUGGCUUCUCAAGAAGACGUCUGCCGGUAAAGCACCUCCUCCAAAGUUCACAACUGCAUGGUUCACCCAGCUUGGCGAGGCUAUUAAUCAACAGCAACAAUUAAGAAGUGGUCUCAAAGAGCACAAUUCCUUUAUACUAUUCCGCCUCGCGCGACAUGAUAUCGGUCAAAACCUCGCCCUAUUCCUCAUUGCUCUGAUGGACCGCUGGAUAAUGAUGGCCAUGAGUGCUCGACAGCCAUAUCCCAGCAUAUACACAGACAGUCGCAGUCGUUACGGUAUCUGGCUAUCCAUCGUAUACUUCUGUUUGUCUGCCAUGAUUCUCGACGCAACGCUCCAAAAGUACUGGAGUCAUCGUUACGAUACGUCCCACGAGAAGAUGUCAGGACUCGAAGACGCUGAGCGCACUGAAAGACAAGUCGAAAGCCGACGGCGAGAACUCCUCAUCAAGGCUGCCGUAGAUGUCUUUUCGAAAUUGACAGUCUUUUUUGGUUGCACGACUAUUCUCCUCUGGCUUUUGGUAGAGAGUACGGAGACUACCAUCAUCUACUUUAUGUAUGUGUUCGGCUAUUCGAGCGCCAUUGUCUUCCAGUUCAACCGCUGCUUCACCACCAACAUUAGCGCUCAUAUCACUGUGAUGAUGGUUUCAGCUGCAGUUAGCUUCAUAGUUGGCUGCCUUCUUCAUGCUAUCCCAGCAACUGCCGGAUUUCUGUACACGGAUGUUCUCGCGCAGAACCUAACUUCUCUUCUAGCUGCUGCUGGGACAUCCUGUGCUGUGGCUUUUACCCACGAUCAGGAUGAUAAUGAAUCCAUCAUUGUGCAGAAGAAGAUUACUGCUGACUACAAUGAGGACAUCAAAAUCGCCGCAAUUGCUGCUCGCGAUAUUGUUGUAACUUGCAAGAUGCAACACGGUGACGGGUCUAGAGGUGCCGACAAACUCGGAAAGCUUUUACAGAACAGCUUACGAGAUCCCAACUGUCACAGUCGCGCUACUCAGUGGUCGGAUAGACUUCUUCGCAGAGCAGAGGAUAUGUGGCAGACCCAAAAGGUCACCGUCACGGCAUCUACCAGCGAAUCUUUCUAUCGAAACGGGCUUGACAAGGCGUUUUCGUUCGGUUACUUCAAGUCUGGAGUUCUGCAUGUCGUUAUUGGUCUUUUUUGGCGAGACUGA